UAUUCUUGUACAUACAAUGAUACAGUGUCUGUCUCCAUGUACCCAGCUGCUUACUCUCUCUUUUUCAUCAUUGGACUUCCAGGUAACUGUUUGUCAUUGUAUGUAGCAUGGGUGCAAAUGCAAAAGGGAAACAGCAUGGCAGUCUAUUUGGUCAAUCUGUCUAUAUGUGACUUGUUAUAUACCAUCACCUUGCCUGUAUGGAUCAUAAAUGCUGUGUAUCACCCAGUGAACAAUACCCUCUGCAGCCUCAUCGCAGUGAUCAUGUACAACAGUUUCUAUGUGGGUUCAGGAUUGCUUUGCUGUAUCUCUAUGGACCGCUACCUUGCUGUGGUAUUUCCUCUGUACUUUGCCAAAGUGCAUACAGUGCAAACAGCAGCCUUUGUGAGCAUAUUUGUAUGGCUUAUAGAGAUCUUUGUGAACAUUGGCCUGCUGGCAUACACAUACCAACUGCAGGAAUUCUCUGCUAGUCGACUGUGUGAGGUGAAAACACCUAUGGACUCACACAGUGCCAAUGUGGCUAUAAUUCGGGUUGCACUGUCCUUUCUUGUUCCUUUGUUCCUGAUGGCCUUUUGUUUUCACCAGAUCAUGAUGUCUAUCAAAAGAAGUGUAUCCACAUCAGCUAGCGAGCGUGUGAAGAUCCGAAAUCUGCUCUGCCUUCUCUUGGUUGUAUACAUGGUUUCUUUCACCCCCUACCAGGUUGUCAUGUUUGUCAGAGGGUUGUUGGAAAAUAAAAGCGACAAUUGCGAAUUUGUCCAACAACUAAUAAACUGCUAUGUGGUGUUUGUUGCAACCACAACAAUUAAUAGUGUAUUAGAUCCAAUUGUGUAUUGUUUAAACACUGAAAGUUCCAAGGCAGAGAUACUAAGGGUUUAUACGGUGUGUCGGCAUCGGUUAUCUCAGGCUGUUUCUGUAAUGACAUUCUCCUCCUCUAAUGACUGUUAAUACAAUAUUUUUGUCACUUUUUAAAGCAGAUAUUCCAAAUUAUAAUAUAAAGUCUAUGACCUUCUGAUCUGAUGCAAUAUAAGCAAUAUAUUUUACUGUCGUUUUGCAUUUUGAUUUUUGACUGUUUUUUUUAAACUGCUGAAUAUGCCCUACCUUCAUGAAGAUAGAAGAAGAAUUUGUUUGAUGUUUGAUGAUAAGAAUGCAAAAAUGUCUACAUGUCUACAAUGAUGAAUGUAAA